AUGAGCUCCCGAUUCAAAUCUUUUGGUUUUGGAUCAAAGCGCAAAACUGCCACCCCGCCAAAUCCAGCACCUGCCAACGGCGCAACUCCCUCCCCUCCAACGGGUGCCAACUCUUCGUCCGCCAGCCUUCCGAUGAACAAUCCCAAUCAACUAGGGCGGCCACCGAGCUACACCUAUAAUGCUGGUGGUGCUGGGCGGCCUACAAGCCCCAUGCCCCCAGGGCAACAAUUGGCACAUCCUCCUCCGCCCAUCAACACUGGUGUUCCUUAUCCCCAAGCUGCCCCCCCAAUGGCUGGUCCGCCUCAACCACCAGGUUACGGAGGUUAUCCUCCUCAUGCCCCUCAUGGCAUGCAGCAACAGCCAAUAUCUACAUAUGGACGCGCACAUACCGGCGGCGAACUUGACGCAACGGGUCGAAGCAAAGCCCAGCUUAUUGUAGGAAUAGAUUUUGGGACCACGUUUUCGGGUGUCGCGUUCGCAUUUGUUACCAAUACAGAAGCGCGAGAAGACAUAAUCACGGAAUGGCCUGGCGCUGGAGCCCACGCAAAGCAAAAGAUUCCAACUGUCCUUUACUACGACCAGUAUCAGAAAGUUGUUGGAUGGGGACCUGAUAUUGCUGAUGCUCUUGCUCCAACUGGUUACCCGAAGCAAGGUGUUCAGAAGGUGGAAUGGUUCAAAUUACAGUUGAUGCUCUCUGGAAACACAUAUAUUGAUCCAAUUAAUCUACCCCCCCUCCCCCCUGGAAAGUCAGAAAUCGAUGUUGCCGCGGAUUACCUCAUGAAGUUACGCGGUGCAAUGCGAAAUCAAUUGCAGAAGACUUUGGGUGAAGUGUUUAAUCGGGAGGAACGGAAUAUUCGAUACUUCUUAACCGUUCCCGCUAUAUGGAAUGAUGCUGGCAAGGCUGCUACCCGUGCCGCCGCUAUCGCGGCUGGAUUUUUGCGGGACGAGAAUGACAAUCGUCUAACUUUGAUCACCGAGCCCGAAGCAGCUGCCAUGUUUUGCGCCAAAGCUGGUUUACUCAGUCUCAAAAUCCAUGAUGCAAUUUUGAUCGUUGACUGUGGCGGUGGAACAGUCGAUUUGAUCGCAUAUGAAGUAGAAGAAGAAACUCCCUUCACAGUGGCUGAGUGCACUGCAGGCUCCGGAGAUUCCUGCGGGUCAACUGCUCUUAAUCGCAACUUUAGCAAUAUCCUUCGGGCAAAAAUUAGAAAAAUGAAGCUUCCAGACGGUUCAAGAACUGCAGGAAGAGUUUAUGCCAAAUGUAUUAUGGACUUCGAGAACCGAAUCAAGGCCGACUUCCGAAAUAACGGUCAGAAAUGGGCGGUGGAUGUUGGCAUUGAAGCCGACUUCCCCGAGGCCGGUAUUGAGGAAGGAUAUAUGACUUUCACGAAUGAAGAAAUCCUUCAAUGUUUCGAGCCCGUCGUGAACAGGAUUCUCGAGCUUGUGCGUAAUCAGAUUAUCGCUAUUCAGGCGCAAAACAGGACGCUCCAGAACGUUCUUGUCGUUGGCGGUUUUGGUGCCUCUGAAUAUCUAUUCCAACAGAUCAAACUCCAUGUCCCUCCUCAGUUCCAGUCCAAGGUGGUUCGCCCAAUGGAUUCCGUUUCUGCAAUUGUCAAGGGUGCUGUCACGGCUGGAAUUACUGAGCGCGUGGUCACCUCUCGUGUUGCUCGUCGUCAUUAUUUGAUGGCGACGCUACAGCCGUUCAAGGAAGGCCACCAUCCAGAGCAGUACCGUGUCCCUAGUCUCGACGGUAAAGAUCGGUGCAAAUAUACUCGACAAAUUUUCGUCCAAAAAGGGGAGCGCGUCAAAAUUGGAGAACCUGUCAAAGUUAGCUUCUUCCGGCAAGUGGCUCCUGGCGCGACAUUGAUGUAUGAGGAUAUUCUGUACGCUUGCGAUGAAGACGUUUGUCCAGAAUACACAAAGGAUCCGCGAAUCAAGGAGGUUGUUACACUUACGUCAGACCUUUCUAGAAAGAAUCUCGAGAAAGAUUUUGAGCGGAUGGACACCCCACAAGGAACGUUCUAUCGCGUCUACUUCGAUAUUUACCUCACACUGGAUGGAAGCGAAUUCAACGCCGAACUCGUCUGCCAAGGUGAGGUCAUGGGACGUUGUUCAGCAAGGUUCAGAUAG